AUGGCAUCUGCAAGCAGCUCUGCACAGGCCGCCUUCGGGCUGGGCCGGAGGAAGAAGAACCCCGGCCUCCUGGACCAGAUUGGAAAGUUCUUUGGAGGGGACAAGAAGAGGAAGAGCAAGGGAUCUUUCCGAGGUGCCCUCUCUCCAGGCCCUCAGAAAGCCUCUGCGACUUCUCCACGUAAGCGUGGAGCAGAGAACGCUGUGGUCCAUUUCUUCCGCACGAUCGUGUCCCCCGCCCCUCCCAAGUCUAGGGGUGACCAGAAGUCACAGUCUGCUAAAGCCAAGAAGGCCAGUGCAGGGGACGGCAAAGGCACCCUGACUAGGAUCUUCAAAAUGGGAAGCAGGAGUGCUUCUCCAGCCAAACGCUGAAGUCCCUCUCUACAACCUCUCUCAACAGCAGAUGUUCAAGAACACGGGAUUAAAGUGGGGAAAGAAGAGCAAGAAAAGGAGGGAAUCUUGUCACCCCUAAACCUUACCCUCAACCUCUGAUAACACUCUAACGUACGCUAAAUCCUUCAUCUCCCACCCAUUACCAUCCCCCCACCUCUUUGGCUGGUAGUUAGCGACACAAUCUGUUGCCCCCUCCCAACCCCCCGUAUGCGUUGUGCUGAGUCUGUGCAGUCAUCAUCACUGGUGUGAACUGUUUGCUGAAAUUGAUCCUGAAGCCGCUCACAUGUGCAGCCUGAAUGACCCCCUGACCUCCCCCCCACCACUGUGGCUCUCUAUACUUGUGCUUGAGUUUCUGUGGACGUCUUCGACUGGUUCUCUAACAAUAACGGCGGCUAAACCGAAGCACACCUGGAGCAGUUGAAGGUUACGGCCGGUGCAAGUCCGACUGACUUGACCGUCAUUGCCGCUUGCCGAUUGGAUGAAAGGACCGGGUUGUUUCUGUUAUAGUAAAGAGCGGUUUUCUGUCUUGUCACACUGUCUUCGUCAGUCCCCCAAACCUUUUUCUGUGAACUCAAACAUAACCCAGUGAUUGAGUUCGGUUUUGUGAUAAAUUUAACAGAUUUGACAUUAUUAUGAGAGCCAUUUCGUUUGUAGUGUGUUUUCAUUCAACCCAUGUGUCUUAGCUGUAGUUAAGUGUCCUGUUAAUAAAUGUGAUGUUGAUGUAUGACAUUAGGGCCCUAAGCCUGGCUGUGGAUUUUGUGGUAAACAUUUAAUUUCUAAACCUUCUAAAUCAAUUUUCUGCAAUAGUCACUGAAAAAAAGCCCAGAUGAAUUAGUAAUUUCUAAUGUAUUGUUUCUUUUUCAGUCCAUGAGAUAAUUGUAUCCACUAAUUCUUCUUUCCAUACAUAGAUAACUAAAUUAUUUUGUAGUGCACCUUUAAAAACUCCCAGACUUGGUGCUGCAGCAUGAUGCCAGAUUCAGAUCUUUCCUCUUUGCUUUAGUGUAGCUCUGUCUCUUCUUUGCCUUCGCUGUUCCUAUCUUAUGCACAGCACACAUACUGUAAAUUAAAUUCAGUCAAAGUGCCUUUCUCCGCCUGACUACCAAAGCAAUGCGCUGUCUUCUCCUUUCUUGUGGAUCAUUUAAAUACACAAACCCAAUUUCAACAAAGGUGCUCUGUAACUAACUGAAGAAAGAAAGUCGGUUGACGAAAAGCUCGGCACCACCACUUGUGCUGUUGAAAACACCCAUCUUCCAAAUGUGUUAAAAAAGCGGGCGUGCGUGAUCUCCCCUACUGUCUGUGCGUGCUUGAGCCUUGAGAGUGCUGUGUAGUGUUUUCCUAAAUCGAUCCUGUGGAUGAAUGUAAAGAUCCUCUUCAUUAUUGUAUGUGUAAUAAAACAUGACCAGCCACUUAACUGAGAAUAAACAAUAAAAACUAUAAAACCACCCCUA